UCACAAUAAGCCGGUAUAUUAAUUGUUUUUGGGACCAUAAAAGUUUGUAAUCCCUUAUUUUACCUAGUUUAAGGAAAAAAGGUGAAUGAUUUCAUUGCCAUGAAGGCUAUUAUUCAGCGUGUUACAGCAGCAAAAGUAACAGUCGGCGAGGAACUCAUUAGCUCAAUUGGCAAGGGACUGUGCGUGCUCGUUGGAAUCUCGAACGAGGAUAAUGCUAACGACGUAGAUUGGCUUGCCAAAAAGUUGCUCAACAUUCGACUUUUCGAAGACCCUACCGGGAAACGGUGGUCUCAAAGCGUCCUGGACCAGCAGCUGGAGAUUCUCUGUAUCAGCCAGUUCACACUGUACAACCGGAUGAAGGGAAACAAACCGGAUUUCAGCAGGGCGAUGCAAGGUGCGGAAGCACAAUGUUUGUACAGUACUCUGCUGCAGAAAUUAGCGGCACAGUACGAGCAGACUAAGAUUAAGGAUGGUAAAUUCGGUGCACUGAUGCAGGUGCAUAUUGAGAAUGAUGGUCCCGUAACGAUUGAAAUCGAAUCUCCACCCCAAAGCCAACAGGAACUGGAAAAACUGAAAAGAGCGACAGCGCAUAAAGCUAGAAGUAAAGGUGGGCCAAUGGCAGAAUCGACGAAGGAAGGUGAAGGACAGUAAACUAGAAAUUUUCGAAGAAAGACAAAAUAUUAAUUAUGUUAUAUCGUUUAUUUAAACCCGGCUUUAAGAAAUAUGGACU